AUGGCUGUCCAUAAGUAUGGGGAAAAAUAUGCUGAAAAGCUCGAAAUCGCCCGUGACGAGUCAAGACUCAUGGUUGAAAGAUUUGCGGAAGCUGGGCAGUUGGUCCAACUUUCGAGAGGAGGCUCCCAAACCUUCGAGUGGUCAAAGGAUUCCACUGGAUGGGAUGAGCCUGUUGUCCAACAAAUGCUUGACAUGUUGGAUUUGAAACCCGUAAGCAUGGACGGAUGUGCAUUUGGCUUGGAAAUCAACGGUAAGUACCCUAGGCAUCCUUGGCUGAUUCAAACAAGCAACGAACGUUUGCGUAAAGAACUCAGCAGCAAGGUUUGUAGACAUGAGAAGGGAUUUCAUGAUGCCUUGGAGGGAUCGUUGAGCACCAAAUCUGGUUUCUACAAUGUUGCUAUGGCCACUUGCAUUGUCACUACUUUGUUUCCAGGUAUUGUUGUUGAACGGGUUCCAGCCAUGCCAGUUGUCCCUUUCUCUCAACACGACCACCGGGAACGGGAGGUUCUUCAUGAAUCAUCAGAUUUUGUUUUAGGUGCCAUCCACAAACUUUUGACCAGAAAAGAGAUGCUUAACUCACCUGAUGCACUCAAAGCCAUCAAAGAAGAAGCCGUGGCGAUGCGUGACAUGAAAGUAUGGGAUGACUCCACGGUAAUAGAAAAGGAUAAGCUUCUCUCCCAAGCUAGAGCGAAAGGCAGCACAAUUCACCUCGCAGAGUUGAUGUCGAUUUGCUCGAUAAAGUUUUGGGAGGUACCGUCGAAAAGGCGGUAUAAAGGCCGCAUCGUGUUCAGGGGGGAUCAGGUACGGGACCAAUGGGGGGGAGCCGCCAAAUUCGGGUCGAUGUACAGUACCCCUACCAACGUUCAGGCAAUCAACAUAGCGAUCCUGUUCGGUUUGGUGAAGAAACACGAGCUCCGCGUGGCGGAUGCCACUAAGGCGUUCUUGCAGGCACUUUUGGAUGCUACCGAAGAGACGCAUGUGCUCUUGCCACCCGAAAUGUGGCAUCCAUCAUGGAUUGGACGCUACCAUAAACCUGCAGUGAAGCUGUGCAGAGCGCUGUACGGCCACCCGUUGGCUAGAAUCUUUAUGGCUUGCGGCGCUGGAAUGGCAGCUCUUUCUUUCGCGAUCUGCAGCUGCGUCGUCCUUGCAUCUUCUGCGCUGCUAAGAGCCCGCGUUUUUCUAGAAUUCAUUUCCACCCAUACCUUCAAAGUUCCCAAAAAGGUCUUUUCCGAAGCCUUCGAGGCGGAUUGGCUAGAACAGUACAGGGUCCAUUUUGGCUUGACCUGCUUGCGAAGCGGCAUGCCGGACCAUUCCUUUGUGGUCACUCUUUUUGGCAAAAUGGGUCGUGAUUGCCAAAGGCACCUAUGUGACUUGGCCGGGCAAGUCACUCUGGUGGCUGCUCUCUGUAUCGUGGCUACUCGACUGCAUUGGCUCAAGAUUGUAGAAAGGAGCGUCCUUGGACUCAUGGCUCCGUCGAAGGCCAGGGAUGUCCUGUGGAAAAGGGACUCGGCCUCGCAGAGCGCGCCAACCCCAGCCGUGCCGAGCAAACGGCGGCGACUUCCCAGUGCCGGGAUGCAUGGCGUGUGCAUCUCGGACCACGGAGAGAAAGUGACGUGGUCAGGCUACUGGGAGGAGCGGCAGCGAAAGUUGGAGACACAGCAGGUUGACACACAGCUCUUUGGAUCUGUGGCCAACUGCUUGGGAACAGAGGCUGAAGGGACGGCUGUGCAGUCGGAUCUCUUCCGAAACUGCUUCAUCUACUUUGAUGGCCGUGUGGAUGUGGGAGGCGGGCUUUCCGCAUAUGCCUUGGGCAAAGUGGCGCGUCUUCAUGGUGCAAACCUCUGCCCACGCCUGGCAAAACGUCAAGUGACACAUGUCGUUUGCAGCCAGCUGAGUGGUGCCAAAGAACGACAUGCUUUGAGGGAUGCCACCUCGGCCCUGGCCUGCGGGCAAUACAUCGUCCAUCCCACCUGGAUCACGGAGUCCGUGGCGGCCAAACGUCGCUUGCCGGAACGACACUUUUCGUUAAUGGCGCGGAUCUCACAAGGAUUUGGCUUGAGCACUCUGGACGCAAAGCCUUCCAGAAAGAUGCAACGGACAGCGGUCCAGCGCCUGGAACACGUCGAGAGAGUCGACCUCACUGGUAGCGAGGUCUCUGUAGAUGUGGUGGUAUCCGACAGCCCCAUGGCAGAUGCUUUCAGCCAAAGCAGUUCGAUCGUAGCUGCCACCGUUUUGGAUAGCGAAGACGAAAGCCAAGAAACGGAAUUGGAUAGUGAUGCCGCAGAAUGA